ACGUCCACAGUGGUACAUUCCAAAUGACAGCUAGCUCCAUGCUCCAGCGUCUGCAGGCUGCCACUACCACUGAAAGCCUUCUUUAAACCCUCAACUUCUCCACUUUCUUCGUGCCAUUGUAGCCUAUCUUCUUCCUAUUAACCUCCAACAUGUCCACACCUAAGAAGGGGGACUUGUCUCCAAGCGAGAAGGAGUUGUUUGAGGUUAUCACUGCAGGAAAUGUUCAAGAGGCCUCCAGGCUGCUGGGCUGUAAGGAUGUUCGUGUCAACUGCUUGGAUGAGUACGGGAUGACCCCUCUCAUGCAUGCUGCUUACAAAGGAAAAGCAGACAUGUGCAAGUUGCUGCUGCAACACGGAGCGGACGUGAACUGCAACGAGCACGAGCACGGAUACACAGCGCUGAUGUUUGCCGGCCUGUCAGGUAAGACCGACAUCACGUGGAUGAUGCUGGACGCGGGGGCGGAAACAGACGUGGUCAACUCUGUAGGAAGGACCGCCGCACAGAUGGCCGCCUUUGUCGGUCAACACGACUGUGUGACGGUGAUCAACAACUUCUUCUCCCGGGCCAGACUGGAUUACUACACUAAGCCUCAGGGUUUGGAGAAGGAACCAAAGCUGCCACCCAAACUGGCCGGACCCCUCCACAAGGUCAUCAUGAGCACCAACCUGAACCCCGUCAAGAUGGUGAUGUUGGUGAAGGAGAACCCGCUGGUGGCUGAGGUGGAGGCUCUGGAGAAAUGCCGCCGGGUGAUGGAGCUGAUCUGUGAGAAGUGCAUCAAGCAGCAGGACAUGAACGAGGUGCUCGCCAUGAAGAUGCACUACAUCAGCUGCGUGCUGGGAAAGUGUGCGUCCUUCCUCAAGGACCGCGAGGACAAGCUGGAUGGCCUCGUCAAGAGCCUACUGAAGGGUCGGGACAGAGACGGCUUCCCCGUGUACCAGGAGAAGUUUCUCCGAGAGUGCAUCCGCAAGUUCCCUUACUGCGACGCCACUCUGCUGCAGCAGCUGGUCCGGAGCAUCGCCCCCGUGGAGAUUGGUAACGACCCCACAGCUCUGUCGGUGCUGACUCAGGCCAUCACCGGUCAGGUCGGCUUCAUGGACGCAGAGUUCUGUACCUCGUGUGGAGAGAAGGGAGCCGAGAAGAGAUGCUCCCUCUGCAAAAUGGUGAUCUACUGUGACCAGGCCUGUCAGAAGAUGCACUGGUUCACCCACAAGAAAGUUUGCAAGACGCUCCAAGAGCAGAGAGAGAAGCAGGAGGCGGAGUCAGCCAAACUGAGGAUGCAGCAGAGCAAAGAGGAGAGUGCAGCGUUGCAGGAGGCCACAGGCUCCAUGAAGGAGCUCUCCGUGGAGGCCAACAGUGAGGCCCCGCCCUCAGAAACCCCAAACCCCUCCUCCAUCCCAGCUGCUGACAACUGAGCGACCAGAAUCCAUCAUUACACCACAGACGGAGAGAGCUAACCGUGAGCGGGACCGAAAGCCGGAGACGAAGACGGACCAGCCGGAGAUGAGAACCCAUAUUUAUUAUCCACCUGAGACUGUCUCAAAGGCCGGGAGACCCUGACGAGGACGGUUUCGUGGCCACGGCGGUCAUCUUUUUCUUUUUUGUCCUUUUUCUUUUUUUUAUAUGUCAAAUUUUCCAGAUGAUUUUGUCAUAUGUGAAUGUGAAAAUUGAUGUGUUUGUGGUAGAGGUGUGAGGAGUGUGAAGAGCUAAUGGUUCACAUCGAUGAUGGGACGUCAUUUUUGCCUUAAGAAACCGUAGCAACCCGUGCAACGAGAGACGAGACUGAGUAGCCAAUCAGAGCGGUGGUUUAUUUGCUACGACGUUUUUGUUGUUUUUUUACCGAUAGCAGAUCAUGAGCGGAUGGCAGGGCUGCACAAUAUUGACCAAAAAUGUAUAUUUUUUAAAUAUAAACAACAUAAAUAUGAAUAUAAUUACUGUAUAUCCUGAAAGAUGACAUUAAUGCCUGUGAUUUUCCAAACUGCACCAAAAUGCAACAUCAUUUGUUGAUUGAGCAUUGUUGCACACAGCACAAGAACAGCAACAUAUUCUAGUAAGUGUGGUUUUGAUAAUCUUUCAUUUAUUGUGCAGCCUGAAUGGACAGAGAUGCUUCAGUCAGAUGAUGGAUCCAACGAGGCUUUGUUUGACCUCAACACUGAUAAUCUCCAACAUGUCAAACAACUUGAGCUUAAUCACAUUAAAUAAAGACCAGCUU